UCAGGCCCCCGACUGCCUGAGUUGCCUACCACUAGCGUCUCCCACCUGUCUACAGUCCACGCGAGAGUCCAGCCCCGCCUACCCCACCGAUGGACGCGGCGGCGGCGGCCGGCGGCCACCGCUGGACGGAGGAGGUGGACGACCUGGUGGACGCCGGCGACGUCGACGGGGCCAUCUCCCUCCUCGAGUCCGUCGUCUCCAGCCUCUCCACCGCCGCCCCCUCGCCUCCGCCGGGCGCCGAUCUCCGCCUCGCCACGGCGCUCGGCGACCUCGCCGGCCUCCACGCCUCCCGCGGCAACACCCUCCAGGCCGACGCCAUCCGCUCCCGCGCCAUCGUCCUCCGCCUCCGCGCCGAGAAAGAAGCCCCCCAGCCCCAGUCCCUAGGGGAUCAUGCGACGGCGGAGAAUUCUGCAUCGCCAGAGGCUGCUACGGGAUCUAAGGACUCGAAAGCCUCAGCUAGCAUCGACGGGAAGGACGAAGAUGAAGAUGAUGAUUGGGAGGCUAUUGCGGACCGUGGCGACGAGACACCGGUGCGCCCCCUCGUGCAAGAGGCGAGGGUGACAACACCUUGUAGUUCUUCAGAGAAAAGUAGCACUUCAUCUUCAGGGACCAAGAGGAGGGGAAGGGGUUCCUUUCUUUAUGAUAAGAGUGUUCUGUACAGCGACCAGUGCGGUUCAGAGAGGGAUCUGGAUGACAAAGGGUCUGAUCCAGCUCAUGGUGGAUCAAAGGAUCAUGCGGAUGAGAAGGAUAACAAGGAUGCUGCAAAACGAUUUGGGACAAGGCACGCCCUUGUUCUUUAUGACUUCGCACCUAGCACACGCACAACAGAUUUGGAAAGGAUCUUUGAGAAGUUUGGAGACCAUGGAGUUGCCAUCCGCUGGGUCAAUGAUUCUGUUGCACUUGCAGUUUUCCGGACCCCAUCAUCUGCUAAGGAGGCACAAGCUUGCGUGCCUCCAAGAUACAAAGUACGGUCACUAAAGGAUAAUGACGAUCUCUUGGCAAAAAUCGACGGUACAGACCUAGAACCACCGACACCAAGACCAAAGACAUCCGCGAGAACGGCGCAGAGGCUGAUCGCCCACGGGAUGGGGCUAAAGCAGUUCACGACCAUCGAUGCAGGUGAGCGGAAGGAGCAGGAGGAGGCGAGGAGGAGCCGGAUCACCGCCCGACAAGCUGCGCGCGAUGAUGCCUGGGGUGAGGACUGAGGACUGGCUGGCUGUCCGAGAACUGCUGUCGCUGGCUGGCGUGCGGCACCGCCUCCUGCCGGGCUGCUCCCAGGCCUUGCUUUCUUACACGAGUUAGCUCCAGUCAAACCUCUGUACUGGGUUUGUUUCACACGUAUCACGGGGGUGCUUAAAUUACAUGUUGAUGGUGUUGUUUGAGUGGCGAUGAUGGCAUCCCUGGUUUCAUUGGAUUUUACUGUGGUUUCCCACUCCCAAGAUUGUAAUGUCAGAGGUGCAGAGGCUGGGUGAUUGGUGUGGGAAAGAAAAAUAAACCUUGUUUUUUUACCAGAAAUUAAUGUAAGUGCUAUGUGCCUAAA